AUGUCAACACCAUAUUCACCAUACGAGGAUGAAUAUGGUUCAAUGCUAAAGAAGGCUCAAGAGUUCAUCAAGAACACACAGAUUAGGGAAGAUUGCUCUGAAAAUGAGAAAUGGUAUCGCCAAAUUUCCAAGGGUGGAUGGCCCUUCUCCACUCAAGACCAGGCUUGGCUUGUUUCGGAUUGUAGUGCAGAAGGUUUGAAGGUAAUCAAUGCACCGUGCAGCAAAGGUUAA